CCCCCCCCCCCCUAAUCUGGAUCCGGGUACGGCUCUGAUAUCAAAGUAAAAAAUUUAUUCUUGAAUGUGAAUGAACAAAGAAACUCUUGCGGAUAUGGGAAACUUUGUUUUUGUGUUAGGUAUUUACUCUUAGUUAUAUAUAUUAGUAUUUGCUAUUUCACAGAUAGGCGAAACUAGAAGAAUGAAGGAAUCUUUAUUUUAAAAAGCAAGUCGACUGUGCCGAUGAAAAAGAAAAAACAUAUAGCACAACCAUCUUCUUUUAUUGAAGACGAAAAAUAAGGAGAAAACAAGAUGAUCCAAUGUAUUGGCGAAAGAAGAAUAAGAAAAGACGAUAUCUUAUAGCUACACUUAGAUAACAGACGAGGAAUUAUCUUCGUUGCUUAUUAUGUAAAAAUCUUUCAUCAAAAUAAGUACUUAAUUUGUUUAUAAAAACAAUGCAAAAUGUACCACAAACUCAUUUUGGCUAUAAUUUUUAGAAUUGUUUUACAUUACAAAGCUAUAAGUUUAAAAAUAUAUUAUCCGUCUCUCUGCUGUCUUCCAUAUUUUUGAUGACAUCGAAUAUAUAUAUAUAUAUAUAUGUCGCAGUAGAAAUUGAAAUUCUACUGAAUUUUAAUUGCCACUACAACAUAUAUAUACAUAUAUUGGUCGUCAUCAUUAACUUCAUCAUUCACUAGUUUGUUGGUUUAUGCUGUAGACACCACAAGAGAGCCGUUCAUUUCUCCGAUCAUAACAACCGGUUUAUCACCACAUAUAAGGUGUGAGUCGAAGUAGCACCCACACACACCCACGCAGAAAUGUGUUGGCAUGCUUGCUCUACUUCACAAGAAACCGUACGAUGACAAAACGAGAAAGAGAAGAGUGGCACGAAUAUUUUUCAUUACAAUUCUCAUUCGUAUUUGAGCUGGUGCUCUAGUAGGCUUCAUCUAUCCGUCGUUUCUCUUUCAAGCCGUUGAAGUCACAUAGUUUGGGACCUUUUUACUCUCUCUACUAAAAAAUAUGUUUUGCGCGUAUACUGAAAAAAAAGUCGACAUUAUGGAGCCAUAAUGGGUUUCGUGAGUUAAAAAGGUUUCGCAUACAAGACGAAACCCAAAAGAGAUAUAUAAGUUUCGAAUGAAUUCCAAACUUUUUAGAUUUCGUAGUUAAUUUACGAAAUCUUACAAAAAGAUUCUUCGAUCUUUGAUAAUCAUUUUCACAAUGUUUCAAUUUUUUAGCAAACCUUUGGGAGAGUUUCAACUUCGUCUCAAAAAUGUUUUGGUAUAAACCCAUUUUUUGCUAGUCUGGUUUCUACGAAAGAGCCAGUGAAGAAAAACAACUGGAGACAAAAGACCCUCAUAUACAAUUGGCUUAUCACCCUCGAAGGUAUAUAAAAGCGUCUACAUAGAGUUCGAUCUAUCAUGAAGGACGGCGUCUUCUUUUUCCGUCAUCCCUUUUCUAACGCUGUGAUCAUCGCAAAAAUAAUAUUAUAUUGCGCUCGCUAUUGCUCCCUUCUUUUAUCUUAUUAUCUUCUUCACGUUAUACUUUUCGUUUUUGCUAAAAUAAUCAACACUCAAAUGUUAGUGCAAUGCAUAUGGUAAGUUAACAUUUGAUUAGAGUACUUUCAGUCGGCCUCCAGUCAAGAAAAUGUUUCAAAUAACUUACACAUACUCCAAUUAAGACUCGAAUAGUUUAAGUGGUUACAAUGAAACGUGUUUUUGUGAAACACGACCUGAAAGAAGUGUUGAAAUGUUAAGGGUAGAAAUUUUCCACCCCUCCCCGCCUACACACACAUAUAGACCGUUACCCACAGGUUAAGAGACCGUUGGAAACCGUGGCGACGCCCAAAUUGCUUAGUUAAUUAACUAAUUACUAUAUAAUUACUUAAUUGGGCAUCACAGAGCGUGUCAGACAAUCUUCAGGCCUAGCACAGACCAUCAGAUGCGCUGUUACAGCCUUGCGCAGAUUACCACUGGUAGCGACAAACGAGCUGUUUCACAAAAUCAACAAAGAAAUCAUUUGAGUACACCAUCUCUAUGUAACUUUCUGCAGUGAUUAUGUCGUGUUUCACAUUUUUAACCUCAGAGGGAUUGUGCUAACAGCUUUUUAGUGUAGUAUAGCUACGAAUAGCUCAGCCAUUACUCAGAUCCAGCCGAUCAGGGCUUGAAACAAACUUUGAUUGCAAUCCUUUUUAAAGGCUAGGAGGCAUUGCACGUAAGCCACGACCAGUUACAGCAAAAGGUUGCUCAAUCGAUCUCACCGAUUUGGCUCAUGUCUUAACAGUAGGUAGCCCCAUCAAAGUUAGUAAGAAACUGAAACUUUUAGCUCGAACGGAUGAUCCACUCUGGAGAUAUAUGCACUCGAAAUAA